AUGGCGGCGCUUCAAAAUGGCUCCUCGGAAGUCACCGGUGAAACGGACCGUGGCUGGAUCACCCGGGCGCACAGCGACCCCGCGGUGACCGACGACCCCCGGGCACUGCGCACCCUGGCGGCCCUGGAGAGGCCCGGCCACGCGCCCCCCGACUCGGACCGAGUGCACACGGACUUAAAUCCGAGUACGAGGAGGACUCUGGCGGUGUGGAUGUUACAGGUGUGUGAGGAGCAGCUGUGUGAGCACGAGGUGUUUCCGCUGGCCACGCACUACCUGGACACCUACCUGAGCGCGUGCGCCAUCGAAAAGCGCCACCUGCAGCCUUUAGGGAGCGCCUGCAUGUCCCUGGCCUCCAAGAUGAGGGAGACCGUCCCCCUGACUGCCAGCAUGCUUUGUAUCUACGCAGACAACUCACUAUCAGAGUUGGACAUCCUGGUAAAUGUGUGUGUGUUGCAGCAGUGGGAGAUGGCGGUGGUGUCCAGGUUGGACUGGUGUCUGGCCUCCGUGGUUCCCUCUGACUUCCUGGAGCCGAUUCUCCACGCUCUCCCCUUUGUUCGGCCCCUCCACUUCCCAAACGUGCGCAGGCGUUUUCACUCCUACGUUGCUCUGGCUGCCACUGACCACAGGUUCUCCACCUUCCUGCCCUCCACUGUUGCCUGUGCCUGUGUGAGCGUCACCAUGCAGAGGGUAAAGUUGGAGGACGCUGCCGUCUCCUCUGACUCGGUCAUGAAGCUUCUGGCCAACCUUUUGGCCAUUGAUCUGAACUCGCUCCGUCUCUGCUACGAUCAGCUGGGGAGUGUGCUGGACGUGCUCAGCCUGCCCUCGCUCUCUCAGGACGGUGUUUGCGGAUAGAGAUCAGGCAGCUCAGAGAUCAGCUCCACCGCUGCUGACAUCAAGGACGAUGCAUUGACCCUGCUGACAUCACCCGAGGAAAUCACGAGAACGCACUCCUCACUGCCUCGAACAGACCAGAUACAUAUUCAAAGUGCAGCAGAGAACGAGAGGCCUAACAGCCAGGCAGAUUGGCAAUGAGAUCUGUUUUAAAUGUUCAUCCUGUUGUUGUGUUCUGUAUUUGAUCAAGCAACUUUGAAAAACAUGAUUGUGAUUUCAUUUUUUCAGCAGGUUUUGUGCUGAGUUUAAUUGCACUAAAUCUUUACAUUUUUGCUGUUCAUAUGUAUUUUUAUCCACAUGACAUUCGUCUGAGUUUUGCUGGAGUUAUAAUAUUUAGUUUUAUAUAUACUUGUUUCUGUUUAAUGGAUGUUUUGCAGUCUUGAACUCCCUUCUGACUAUAAAGAAAUUAUUUUAUAUAAAAAUGCGUAU